GACAAAACAUCCCUGCAUUUAGAUGAUAAUGUGGAUGAUCGAGGUCCGGUGGAUUCAACAAAUUACCAAGAUCUCUUAAGGUCUUUUGCACACUAGGAAAGGUACAUCUUAAAUCAUCGAUGAGAUUGUUAAUAUGAAUUAUACAGAUAUUGCACUCUUCAAGUAACAAACAGUACUGUUGAAAUGCAAAAUGGCUUUUUUAAAAUGGGAGGACUACGUCAUAUUUGCUAUAACCCUAUUUCUCUCAUUGGGAAUUGGUCUCUUCUAUUCCUUGCGUGGCACAAAACAGAGAACAGCCAGACAAUUUAUACUAGGUGAUGGCAAUAUGUGGACACUUCCGGUGGCCUUGUCUUUAAUGGUUUCCAAUGAAUCUGGUGUAAUGAUGUUGGGAGUUCCGGCCGAAGUGUAUAUGUAUGGUAUGCAGUGGUAUAUGGCUAGCAUAGCAGGGUUUUUUUCCCAUUUGGUGACUCUACAUCUCCUCAUUCCAGCACAAAGAGAGCUCCCAAUCACUAGUAUGAACCAGUAUUUUGAGCUUCGUUACAACUCUCGUGGACUCCGACUAUUUGCAACAAUUAUUAGCCUGCUGUCAUCGGCGAACUACCUUGGUAGUGUUGUAUUUGUACCAGCGAUUACAUUGGAAAUGGUAACUGGUAUUCCAAUGUGGAUCUCUAUCGUUACACUGACGGUCGUUGUUCUUAUAUACACCAUUCUAGGGGGAUUCACAGCUGUAAUAUGGACAGACGUAUUUCAAGCAGUUCUCAUGUUUGUUGGAAUGUUUGCGAUUCUCAUCAAGGGUACCAUUGAAGCUGGUGGAGUAAAGAACACAUGGACCAUAAUCUGGGAGAAAGGACGGAUCAACCUGCUGGAUUUUAAUCCCGAUCCCACUAUACGUCAGUCGUUCUGGAGCCUUUUCGUUGGGGGUCUGAUCAAUGGACUCAGGUUGCAGUUUGCCCAGCCAACGUUUCAAAGAGUCAAGGCCACUCCUACAUUAUCAACCGCCAAAUGCAUGUUUCUUCUUGCAUCCAUAAUGUUCCUGGUUAUAUCCGGGCUUGCAGUUAUGGAGGGAGCGAUAAUGUUUGCAUACUAUCAUGCAAAAGGAUGCGAUCCACUUGAAGACAAUCAAGUCAGAAAUCAAAACCAGUUAAUAGCAGUCAUGGUGCGAGACAUAUUCCAGGACACACCCUGCCUCCCUGGACUUUUCUUGGCGGCGUUGUUUAGUGCUUCGCUCAGUACCAUGUCAUCAGUAUUAAGUGCGAUGUCUGCCAUAUUCUUGGAAGAUAUCGUCAAACCACACACCAAACCUAUGUCUGACAAACAGGCUAUACGAAUCGCACAGUUAUCAGUACUGGGUUUUGGAGGUCUGGCUAUAGCUAUCGCAUUUGGUAUUUCUGGCAUCGAAGGACCUGUUUCACGAAUACUUGACAUAACUGAAGCGUGCUUGAGCGGAACUGUCGGAGGCUUGUUCCUCCUUGGAUGGUUCGUUCCUAUAGCAAAUUCAGUGGGCGGUUUAGCCGGUGGCGUGGUCAGUUUCGUCGUCGUUGGAUGGAUAUCAUUCGGAAAGUUAAUUUCAAAAGGAGUUCGUGUAAGUCCACAAUUAGAGCCGGCUUCAACGGAGAACUGUCCAGUCUUUAAUUUUUCCAGUGCAACUUCAUACGAAAAUACCUCAGCCUUGUGGAAUGAUUUUACUUACACAACGGAGGCGGCUCCAACGUCACUGGAUUCUGGACAGCAAGGUUUGGACGUACUCUACUCUCUAUCCUAUAAAUGGUUAACGCCCGUCGGAAUCUGUUUGGUACUUAUUGUUGGAUCGCUCGUCAGCCUUCUGCAAGAUCAUAAGCCUGUUCAUCCGUCACUAGUUGUACCAGUUUGUGAUUAUCUGUGUGUCUGCUUCCCGGAAAGUAUCCGAAGGAUAUUCCGGUGCGGAGUCAAGUAUCCAAAGGCAAAUGAAGGAAGUGCUGAAGACUCCGUGACUGCAGAACUAACUGUUCAAGUGUGUUCUGCUCCAGAACAUAUGCCAUUAGAUCAAGGCAAUCAAAACUCGGUUUGGUAACAUGGUAUUUUUUAAGUUGGUUUGCAUUAUUUUAUUUGAUGACAUAAUUCACUGACCUUUUCCUAUAUAUGCCGAAAUAACAUAUUUUCGACUAUUUUGAGCAUUUUCCCAAAACGUUACUGCACCGUACAAUAUUCCGGAUUUGCCGUGCACUAUUUGCGUUUGAUAUUGCACGGUUUUACACAAACGCACUCUUGACUCAGAUUUCCGACUUCGUCCACGGAAAAUCAAAGCGCUUUAGUGACGCCGGACUCCCUAACGCUCCAUAACAACCAUAUACAAUGGCAGGCGACGGGCGUUUUUUCAAGUGCUGGAGUCCGACCUAGCCGAUUUAUUGGUCUCAGCUGAUAGUAAAAACACCAAAAAGGCCAUACAAUAUUCCGAACGAAUAUUUAGUUCUUUCUUGAGGGCAGAAGGAUGUAGCUUGGAGAUAAUGACAUCGAAAACCGAAGAAGAAAUCAAUAGGAUUAUGAGAAAGUUUUUUUGGUGUCAGUGAAUUAUGUAAUAAAGCAAAUAUCUGAUGGCUUACUGUGCGCUAGUCCCGAAUA